GCUAAUUUAAAAGUUUCAUACCAUCUCCAUUUUAACAUCUUUUACACAGGCAGGUCCAACGGGGUGUGUGGCAUGUGGAUCCUAAAUGUAUUCAAGUGCCUCUUUUUCUGCACAGCUACUUCCAGAUCAAUGCCUGUAUUGGCACCAACCCAUCCACCCUCUUUGGAAUCAGUGGAUCAGCCCAUAUUGAUAAAAUUACUGAAUGUGGAAUACUGUCCAAAAUGCCUUGGCUGUCUUCACAGUUUUCACACAGUUGAUUGUUCAUGGUGCCACAAAAAUCAAUGAUUGGUGUGGGAUUGUAAGUAGGGCCAUGGUACUGGACUGCUUUGGAUAUCUGUAAUUUCAAGGAUUACCAAUGAGAAUUGUGCCUGACUGUUACUAGCGGACGACAGCUGCAUUGACGAGCAGUUUGUGAGAUAGCCCAGAUCCUCAUCCACAUCAGCCCACAUUGUGCUCACCUCACCUGACCAACCAUGUCAUCAUUCACAAACUUCCGCGACAACUUCUCCUCGGGAAUGAACUUCCUCAAGAGGAGAUUCAGCUCGGGAGACCUCCAGGGAGAGCUGCGGGACGACUUCAUUCCCCCAGUCAAUGUGAGGAAAGGCCCAUCACCAAGUGCUCCAAGCUCACCAUCCAAGUCUUCAGCGCCAGGAAUAGGCCGAGGUUUCUCAUCUGGCAUGAAACCAGCUUAUAACAAAGAACGAUGCAGAACUCUCCUUGUUAUAGACGACCAUCAUACAGACUGGACAAAAUACUUUAGGGGUAAAAAGAUCUUUGGAGACUGGGAUAUACGUGUUGAACAGGCUGAGUUUUGUGAAAUCAAUCUUGCUGCUUAUUCUGACUCAGGGUGUAUGGUAGAUAUUCAGGUGGACCGAAACGGAACAAAAGUAGUCAGAUCUUUUAAGCCAGAUUUUUUGUUAAUACGGCAACAUGUGCGGGAUGCACAUGAAAAUUGGAGGAAUUUACUGCUUGGAUUUCAUUAUGGCGGAGUGCCUAGCAUCAACUCUAUACACUCACUGUACCAGUUUUUGGACAAACCAUGGGUGUUUUCCAAGUUAAUAACUAUUCAAAAGCGACUGGGCAAAGAGGCGUUUCCGUUGAUAGAGCAGGCGUACUACCCCAACCACAAGGAAAUGGUGAGUAACAUGUGGUUAAUUACACCCAAGUUUCCAGUGGUUGUCAAAAUUGGCCAUGCCCAUUCAGGAAUGGGAAAGGUUAGGAUAGGCAGCCAUUAUGAUUUUCAAGACAUCGCGGGUGUUGUGGCGGUUAGUUCGAGCUACUCCACAACAGAACCGUACAUUGAUGCCAAAUACGACGUUCACGUCCAGAAGAUAGGGCCUAGUUACAAGGCAUUCAUGAGAAAAUCUAUUUCUGGUAACUGGAAGGCCAACACAGGAUCAGCAAUGCUGGAGCAAAUUGGAAUGAAUGAAAGAUUUAAACUGUGGGUGGAUGAAUGCUGUCAGAUGUUUGGUGGCUUGGACAUAGUGGCAGUGGAAGCAAUACAAGGCAAAGAUGGAAAAGAAUAUAUUAUCGAGAUUAACGGCUCAGCGAUGACAUUGCUGGGGGAGGCGCAGGAGGAGGACAGACGACACAUUGCAGAACUGGUGCUCGCCAAGAUGGAGGUCUACUGUAGACCGGGGGCUAACCUUCAAAAGCCCCAAUCAUCUGGAGCUCAGCAGCAGCAACAAUUUGCCAUGAAUGGUAACCAAGGCAACAUAGCAUUACAACAGCCUCCACAGGGGAGACAACCUGAUGGGUUAUCACAGAACAUGAAUGCCCUGCCUCAGAGGCCACCAGGAUCUAUGCCAAUGCCAAUUCCAAAUGCUCCAUCUACAGAGGAAGAAGAUACAAUGAGAAAUCUUAGAAAAACAUUUGCUGGAAUAUUUGGUGAUAUGUGAACUAAGGGAGAGAACUCUAGAGUAGCUGAAAAAACUGCCAAUACAUUGUGCAAAUACUGUGUGUGUAGACUCAAGUUGUGGAUCUAUGUGCUUUGACAGGAGAUUCGACUGGCGACCAGGAUCUCAGAGCUGCCAGACCGGUCUAAUUGUCCUCAUUUUCAUACUUGGUCAUGUUACUGUCCUUCUCCAGUACCAUUAGCAUUACAUUCUCAAUACGGGGUGGGAGGUAAUUCUGUGCUUUUGUCAUUCAUUCUAUUUUUCCUUGGUUUUCUUUCAACAUCUGUUUUACCGUAUUUGGCAUCUUUCAUUUAAUUCCCACUCUGUUUACUUCUGUGCUCUUUCAUUCAUUUUAAUUCAUCUGAUUUCCUUUCUUAAUAAAAAUGUAAAAAAAAUCUUUUACGAUUUUUAUUUCUUCAUUCUGUAUUUUUAGGGGGUUUCCUUUUGCCCCGUCAUAUUUUAUUCUUUCUACUUUCCCAUCUGAUUUCACAAACCUGUGUUUUACAAACUAGUUUCCGAAGUGGUAAGUACUGGUAGAAAGAUGACAGGUUUAACUACUUAUUGACUUUAGCUGUGGUCAGUGUGUUCUUUGUUACCACUCAUUUGGAAAAACUGAUUUCAGUUUAUAGUUUGUAACAUUUUAUGAUGUAUGUAAAGCAGUAUUUUUAAAAUUAUAAUUUGUUUUAUUUAUUUGUUUCAACUGGUUUAAACCAAGAGCAUUCCACUCUAAAGGCGAUGUCAUAUGAUGCGAGGGCCUCGUACGAGCAUAGUCAGUUGACAAGACAAUGUUACGACUUCAUGGAACAGGUUAUUCUCGUGGUUGUUCUCGUACGAGUCAAUCGUACUGUGUGGUGUCGCCUUAAUGCCACUGACUUGGAUGCCCCAACAAAUGGGAUAGAUCAAUCUUUUUUUAAAUAUUACUAGUCAGUAACUUCUUGUUAAAAUUGACUCUAAAAAAUCUCCUAACUUGCACAUUUACAUAUUCUGAACUGUUCCUGAAAUCACAAAAUGUGGAAAUCUGCCUUAUGUGAGAUCAAAUUCUAUAAUCAGGCCUUUCCAAUCAGAAAUAGCAGGAGAGCAAGCCAUUAGUCUCCUGGUGAGAAUUUUCAAAUGAUGAACAGUUCCACACUUUGAAAAAAUUAAAUAACCAUCAUAACAACAUAUACUAAUGUAAAAUGAAGAAAGGUGAGUGGAGAAAUACUCACCAAUUUAAAUGCUUGGUGAGCGCAACUGCUCACAUCUCAUAGAGAGACCUGAAUGUUUAAAGCUUCCAGUUCCAAUUUCAGCACAAAAUGCAAUUUCACACUUGAAUUAUUGAUUUUGCUACACAAAGCAAUGCACUUCACAAUUACUAAAUAAAAUAAAACAAUUUUUAGGUGUGUUUUUUUUUUCUUGCCAUAACAAAUGUUUUAAUAAUAAUAAAUCAAGAUACCCGACUAAGUUUAGAUAACCAACAAUGAGCUACUAGGAAUUACAGAUUAUCUGUUCCGAGUGAAUGAAUGUUGUAAACCCGAGCCUUUACCAUGGGACAGAUAAUCUGUCAUUUAUGUGGAUAUAGGCAUGUUAAUAAAGUAACAGUAACAGCUACUUAUUAUAGAAACUGUGAUUGCAUUAGAAAAUAAUGAUUUUUUUUUAUAUUGUUAAAGCUGUUGCUACGAUUUCAUGUUUAUGAAAUAAAUGAAUCAGAAUUUUUCUAUCAAUCUCUGUAGAUUGUAUAAUGUAUGUGUAAUCUGACUCAUGAAUGAAAACAUUAAGUGAAUGAAAGUGAAGUCCUGUUCGUAAUGAACGGCCAACUAAAUAUCAUAUUUUGGACUGCCUACCAGUAGCUAUAGUUCUAAGCAAACUGCACACAGGGCAAUUAUUGAAGAAAAAAAAUUACCCAGGUUGUUUUCAUUCAUAUGAGUAAUAAGCUACAAAAUCUGCUACCAGUAGGAAUUAGUCACCAGUUAUUAUGUUAUAAUUAUUUGUUCCUCCACAUGAACAAUGUACUGCACAGUACGUUUUCUAUUUAGUAUGAUGCAGCAUAGCAAGUGGCUUCUUUAUUAGGCUUCAAAGUAACUGUAUGUUUCUAGGCUUGUACAAUUCUCUGGUGCCAAGUACAUUUCGCAUCACCUAGAGUAUGUAUGUAUGUAUGUAUGGAUAGACUAACUUAGCCUGCGAGGUGAAUUGAACCACAAAACCAUUAUCGGAUCGAAAUGUCCAGAAGAUGUUUAUAGACAAAGUAGAAUUAUAAAACAAGAAACAUUUUCUAUGUCAACAGAAAAUUCUUAGAUGUUGUUUAUUUAUAUUAAUAUCUAUAUAUAUUAAUAACCAGUUCUUAAAAAUGAGCCAUUGUGGGGAUUUUAAAUAUGCAAUGCAUUACUUCCAUAUUAAAAAAGAAAGUAUAUUUAGAACGAAGAAAUCUUACUAAUAAAGUGCAGAGGUCAGGUCAGGUCAGGUAGGUUUUAACGUGCACAUUCAGAACAAGCUGUUGUAGCACACGCCUGGCAUGGGUGCAGGUGUCGACUUUCACUGGAUCCUCCAUACAGGAUGGGAUAAAGUGUUAGUCCAGCUAUUUUUAAAUGGGUGCUAGUCCCUCUUUGAUCUAACACUUCUUAUUCUUCAUUUGUGAUUUGAUCUAACAUCAUCUUAUUCUUUACCUGUGAUCAACCGUUCUGUUGUGAAAGACCUUGGAGAUAUACAAUGGCCGUGGCAAGUUUCAGCUAAUGAUCCUAAUAACGGAGAGUCUGCAAAACUAGCAUGUUUCGAAAAAAAUGAAACCACUUUCUUUUCCAGGCCAAAUAGCCCUCCUGACCUUCCCCCAUCCACCCUGGGCCAAUUCCCUCAAUGGUCCUAAAAUUAUAUGUUCCAGUCCAGGACUUUGGGCCAAUUCCCUCAUUGAUCCUAAAAUCAUAUGUUCUUGUCCAGGACUUUGGGGCAAUUCCGUCAUUGAUCCUGAAAUCAUAUGUUCUUGUCCAGGACUUUGGGGCAAUUCCCUAAUUGUUCCUAAAAUCAUAUGCUCUUGUUCAGGACCUUGGGCCAAUUCUCUCAUAUGUUCAGUUUUGAGAACAAUCUGGUUUACUGAGGGCCCGGUUUUGAUGGGGUUUCACUGCAUUUAUUUUAUUCUGUGAUAAAGAUCCAUGAACUUCACACAGACUAAAUGUCUACUUUCUGGAUUACAAGUACUCGUUUAAAAAAAAGUAGUUCUAGUUACAUUAUUCAUCUGUGUAACAUAGCUAUAUGCAAUAUAUACAUUUAACUAAAUGUUUUAGUCAUUUGUUUUGUAAAUAAGUAAGAAUUGUAUUCACUUAUUGAUUGUCAUACAUUUGAUGCAUGGUCAUCCUUUGUUUUUUAACAAUUACUUAUUAUUAAAGCUUAUUGUGUA